UGUUUGCAUGCUUUGCGAUUUUAACGAUCAACGGUCCCUUUUCAACAUACAGUUACCAACUAUAACACUGAGUUGAUUAAAUUAAAAGUAUAUGACAAUGGAUGAGCUUUUAAACGAAGUGGUACCACAAGAGGAUUUAGAGGUUGUUUAGCAGUACUCACUCGGAACUGUAAAACAUCAUCCAUGAAAGCUAUCUCACCCCUAGUGUCUUUCCUUCUACCCACUUAAAAAAAUGUUAUUCGCCGGCCCUGCUUAUUAAGUGCAUAUGAACGUUCGAACAUUGCAGAGGUUUGAAAAAAAAUAUCAUCACGAGCUUGAGUUGGACGGGGAAGUUACCACAGAAACCAAAUUUGAGUACGCAUUCUGUCUGGUUCGUAGUCGCUAUACAAACGACAUUAGAAAGGGAAUUAUGAUAUUGGAAGAGUUGGCACGUACCCAUCCAGAUGGAAGGCGUGACUAUAUUUAUUAUCUUGCAUUUGGGAAUGCUCGUAUAAAAGAGUAUACUUCUGGGUUGAAGUACUGCAGAGCUUUUCUGGAUAUUGAAUCAAAUGAUCAAGUGCGCUCCCUUGAGCAAUACAUUCAAAAACAAAGUGACCUUGAAGUGGCCAAGGGUAUGGCUGUCGCUGGUGGAGCAGCCCUCGUACUAGGUGGAAUAUUGGGACUAGGCAUUGCUAUGGCUAGAAAUAAACAAAAACGGGAGAAAUAGUGAAAACCGUCAUAUUUUAUGGAGUCUGAACCCCUCUGCACAUCUCUGCGAUUCAAUUUUAAAAAGUAUCAUUUUCACAUAUUAAUUUUUAUAUUAAAGUAAUCCUUGUUAAACUAAUAAAUGUUAUAGAUCAAUGGUGUAAA